UCAGUCACCACCUCUCCCCCAAUCAUCAUCAUCAUCAUCAUCAUCAUCAUCAUCAUCAUCUUCAACUUCAUCUUCUUCUCCAAUUCAGUGCUCCUUCACCCAUGUCCAUGUCCAGUUCUUUCGCUGCUUUGGCCAUGUACGCCACUGAGGUUCGUGCAGUUUCGGACGGCAAAAGAAGCAAAGCGGGCGAUGACAAUGGGAGGGAUCCUCAUGGGGUGCGCUCGUCGCGGCUCCAACCGGUUUCGUCUUCAGCUCCAAGAGUCGCGGAGAACGAGCCAUUGAGAAGCUCGCCUUACCUCUCCGAGAAGCAGAGCAUGCCGCCGCGGUUGGCCCCUCAGUUUGAUGGGCUCAACUGCUUCGAGACCAUCGUCCGUCGAUGACCGCCGAUCGCUGUAUGAUGCUUCUUCUUGUAUACGUCCAUUUAGCAGUUAGUUUAGAGUUCUUUCCUUGCGUCGUUGCAGAUUU